CAUGAUCGUGACGUCACCCCUAUUCUAACAUCUCCGUGGCUGUGUCCUUGCCGGGGAGAAACAUGGCGCCUGCCGUACUGAGACUUGUCAAAUUUACCACAAAAGCUGUGCUAGCUGGAGGAGCUGUCUAUGUAGCGUAUGACUAUGGACUUCUAGGAAGUGGUAAUCGGGGAGAAGAAGCCUUGAAAAAGACUACAGCGGCUGUGCCUCCUGCUGUUCACGAAUGGGCAGACUACUUUGGUUUGCAGCUUCCAUCUACACCAAAGCUUGACUUUUCUCUCUGCGAGUCAUGGAACUGGGGGGUGCAGAAGUCUGUGUCUGCUCUCUCAUCUGCACCAACCAAAGUUUGUGAGUACACAGCAGACAGCUGGAAGUAUGUAAAAGACUUGGUGAAGUGAUUCCUGUGUAUAUAAGAAAAAAAAAUAAACAUUAUUUAUAC